AUGAUUUCGCUAGCGCAGGAGCAGCAGCAGCAGCAGCACAACCACAGCAUAGCCAUGGCCGAAUCGCACGCAUCGAGCGAUGACGGCCACUAUAGCCUCUCGGACAUGAUGCUAGAUGACGAGGGCGUCGACGAUGCUACUGCUGAGGGGAGCCACAGCGUCAAGGAGGAUGCAAGGCGCGGAAUGGCCAUGAGCGCCGGCGACGACGACGUGCCCAAGGCGGAGCAGUUCACCGUCAGGCUCAUUUUCCCGCAUGAGGACGGCGGCGUGCUGAUUGGCAAGGAGGGCAGACACAUUACUAAGCUCAAAGAAGCGACCAAAGCCACAUGGCUCAUCACCAGCAACAACUCGGAUCGCGAGGAUCGCGUCGUUAUACUGCGCGGGGCCGUUGACCACAUAUCGCAGGUAAGAACAUCUGCAGCAUGGCCCAUGGUUUUGUAUUCCUUUGGGGUAUCUGCCUACUCUGUGCCCCACAUUGCUCCAGCAACCCCCAUUCCCCACACCCCGAACCGAGGCAGACAGGAAGCUGCGGUGCUGAGGGAGCAUCAUUGCCAUGCAAUCCACGAGCUCUCCAAACACCUGUGUACCGAGGCCCGGCACCCUACAAACCCAGGCUCGCUGCUCCUGCGCUACCUGUUCCCCUUCCGGGCCAUUGGAGCUAUUGUCGGGCCUGGCGGAUCAUACAUCGAAGAGCUUAGGGCCAAGCCGGGUGUGCAGCGCUUGCACAUCUACAAGAGCACGAUCCCGUUCACGCAGGAGCGCGUGGUGGAGGUUGGUGCCACGCCCGAGGCUAUGCAGAUGGCUGCACAAUGGCUGGUAGACCACACAAAGUCGAAUCUGACACAGCUGCAGGAGUCGUCGACUUUAUACAAACCGUUCCUGGCCAUGAACCAGCGCACAAUGGCUGCCGAGGCCAGCGAGUCUACUGUAGGAAGGGAGGACGGCAACAGGAAGCGGUCAAGAUCGAUGAUAGGGCUAGGGCAUGUCGAUUCGGACUCGAAGCGCCUGCGCAGGCAGUCUGAGGAAGGCAGGGCACGCAGUGGGUCAUCACCAACAAGAUACUCGCGCUCAUCCAGACACAGCAGUACCAGUGGGCCGAAGCGCCUAAGCACAUACACAGCACACGCGGCAAUCAAGUCGGACACCAAAGAGAAGCUGGUGGUUCCGGACCGGGUCGCUGGCAGACUCAUUGGCCGCAACGGCACGUUCCUGGCCCUGCUGCAAGACCGCAGUGGCGCACACAUUGAGCUGUCGCCUCGCAUUCAGAACAUGUCGGACCGCAUCGUCACAAUUGUCGGUCGCGCCGACAAGGUCUCAUGCGCACGCAGGCUGAUCAAGGACAGCGUCAGGGACUUUGAAAAGUAA